AUGGGCAGCACUCAGUCCGCUGAAAAGGUGAAGAGCGUCGAGGACUCGACCAGCCAGGGAAAUCCCGGCAUUUUCUGCACACCUCUCCCCGGUUUCAUAAGCAAAAUCCAAAGAAUUCUCGUCCGCAAGCUGAGCAUUUCGGCCAGGAAACAAAAGCGACUGAGCAGGCGGUCCAAGCAAACCCUUCGUCCCAUGCCCCGCUGCUCAUCCUUUGGCUCCAGCGGCACUCUGCUGACGACGCCCGGCAAGAAAUCGGUUUCCACUCUGGCCGAUCGUCGCUAUGCCCAAUGGAAGUGCAGCUUCGAGCAUUUGGCCCAGAAGCAGCAGCGACUCCACGACAUCAGCGAGGCCUUCACGGUGCAAACUACUCCGCGGGGCUUCCCCUCGCACACGGAUCCCAAGAGGUGUCUGCUCCAGGAGGAGUCGCCCAUUCCGGAAUCCCCGCUCUUCGACAUGGUCGGUGGCCAGAAGAUCCGUCGCCGUUUGAGUCUGCGCAACCACGCCACCACUCUGAAACGCUCGUCGGCCCGCCAGAAGGCCGAACAGGCCAAGAUCGACGAACAGUUCCAGCGGGAUCUCCGCGAUCUGGAGGAGUACUACGGCGGCUUCCACUUCGCCCAGUGCCGCGAGCGAUUGGUCAAGAUCUAG